UGCGUGAUAUUUCCCACUGUGGGCUCCCAACAUCUCACAGCAGCUUCUCCGUGGAAAAAAAAUCUCUUUUUUAAAUCCGUCCCUGAUGCGUGUGUUUGAGUGUGUGCGUGGAAGGUUGUGGGGUUCUGUAUAAAAAGUGGGAGGGCAGCGUGGAUUCUCUCUUCUUUCGUUCUUUCUUUCUUUCUUUUUUUUUUUUUUUUUUUUAAAUCUAACCUUCUCGGCAUGAACGCAGAUACUUGCGUGUCAUACUGCGAUAUGACAUCGAUGGAUUCCUAUUACACUCCGUCUUCCACGCAAGGCAGGGAGCACCAGGCGAACCCGUUCAGGACUUUCAGCGCCACGGAAGCCAAAUACAGCCCCACCUUCCCGGGCGGGAAAGGGCAAGGUUUUGCGGAGAAGUCCCGGUCCAGUCCCUUCCAGUCCGAGUGCCAGACUCUGGACGGCGCGGAAGGAGAGAGCACCUUUAACAAGUACCAGGUUUUCAUGCACAGGCCCGCCUGCAAGACUCCCCCCGAAGGCGGCAAGCUGCACCCGGACGGCAUCCUUCCCUGCUACGGAAAAGACAACAAUGACUUGACAGACUCAGAGCUGCCCCCCAGUGUCGACACCCCCGGGAUGGAAGGCGGCUACCUCAAUCUGAAGGAAAGCGGCGUGAAGGGUCCAAACGAGCGUCCGGGUUCGGAUCUUUCCAGCCCUCUGGACAAAAACGAGGCUGAGAGCAACAAAGGCAAGAAGAGGCGCAACCGCACCACCUUUACCAGCUACCAGCUGGAGGAGCUGGAGAAGGUCUUCCAGAAAACUCACUACCCGGACGUCUACGCCCGCGAGCAGCUGGCACUGAGGACGGAUCUGACAGAGGCUCGUGUCCAGGUGUGGUUCCAGAACCGGAGAGCCAAGUGGAGGAAGCGGGAGCGCUUUGGCCAAAUGCAACAAGUUCGAACCCAUUUCUCGACUGCUUAUGAGCUGCCUCUCCUAACUCGGCCCGACAACUACGCACAGAUCCAGAACCCUUCCUGGAUCGGCAGCAGCGGUGCGUCUCCGGUGCCAGGUUGCGUUGUUCCUUGUGAUACCGUGCCCCCCUGCAUGCCCCCUCACACGCACGCCCAUGGCGGGGUCUCAGACUUCCUGGGUGUGCCCAGCCCAGGGAGCAGCCACAUGGGACAGACACACAUGGGAAGUCUCUUUGGGGGACCCGGAAUGGGCGGAGGCAUGAAUGGCUAUGAUCUCAAUGUGGAUCCGGACCGCAAGUCCUCCAGCAUAGCAGCCCUGCGUAUGAAGGCCAAGGAGCACAGUGCGGCCAUUUCUUGGGCGACAUGAUCUUCUGCUUCUCCUCAGCAGCCGUGAAGCUGUGGUGGGCUUUGCAGAGACCGCUAACGAUAACGCAGGUCACAUGAUCACAUCAACAUGAGGGGGGGUCUUGAUUCAUUCAUGUCUCAGGUCUAAGUGAACUACAUUCACAUGAGUGCUCGUUUUGGAAAAAUGAAUAUCACAAAUAUGUGCUGCAUAUCUAGCUAGCUAGUUAUAGACAAACAACCAUUCACACUCACACUCGUACCUUAGCAUGAAUGAACCUAGCAUGUUUUUGGAAUGUGGGAUGAAACCGGAGUACCCGGAGAACAUGCAAUCUCCACACAGAGAUGCCUGAGGGACGAUCCCUAGCUAGCUAGCUGGCUAGCUAAACAUCCAUCCUUAGCUAGCUAGCUAGCUAGCUAGAGUUUUGCGCCUAGUUUCUGGUCUUCGGACUCCAAAUAUGACUUUUGACCACCGUGACAUUUUGUUUUUAAAACAAACAAGCAAUGCGGUUAUUUUGGAGCUCCUUUUUGUCCCACAAGAAAGUGGAUAUCAUACAUUUCAUACGGUACAUGCUAACAUUUGUUUGGCUAACAAUUGUUUUACAAAAAUACAAACAAUCUAUAAAAUGAUUUACUAGGAUCUCUUGGACUUGUCCAACUAUGGCCCUGUCCAAUAGUGCUCGUCAUAAAUAGCUGGGAUAGGCUCCAGCACACACAGUCGUCUCAGUGACGAUAAGCGGCAGAGAAAACGGAUGGACGGACGGAUGGACCCUUCCAUGCGGUUGGUAUCGGCUGAUCUAAGUCAUGGAUGAUUGAUAUCAGAAUGGACAUUUAUUGGAGUUAAAUGUCAAAUGACAACUGUCAUUUUAUGAGAUUGAAGUAAAAAAAAAAUAUAUUGAAGAAAGUUGUUUUCUAAAGAGAGACAUACAUUUUAUGAAACAUAAACUCAUAAUAUCAGCAAGAAAAAUAUCAUUUUAUUAGCAUAGAAUUGAUUUUUUUUUUAGUUACAAUUAAGAGACAAAAAAAAUGGUUCACAUUUUUGGAACAUUUCGUUGAGAAAGUAAAAGGAAUGAAAUUAAUAUAUGGCAUAAUUAAAAUUUGAAAAAUUUGAACAAAAAAUUUGAAAAUUAACUCAAAGAAAGUUGAAAUAUUGAAAAAACUGAAAAAAAAAAAAUACUGAAAAAGCAGUUUUCCCUCCAGUGGCCAAAAAUGUCUGUGUGGAUGAGAAGCCAAAACGACCAUUUUGACCAUUUCGUUCAUUUCGUUCAUUUCGCUUAUUUUUCUCAUUUCAGCCAUUUCCGUCAUUUCGUUAUUUCAUUCACUUCGUUCAUUUCGGUCAUUCCGUUCAUUUCAGUCAUUUAGUUCAUUUUAUUCAUUUCGGUCAUUUUGGGCAUUUCGUUGAUUUCGUUGAUAUCGUUCAUUUCGGUCAUUCCGUUCAUUUUGUUCAUUUUGUUCAUUUCGGUCAUUUUGGGCAUUUCGUUGAUUUCGGUCAUUUUGGUCAUUUUGGUCAUUUUGGUCAUUUCGUUGAUUUCGUUGAUUUCGUUGAUAUCAUUCAUUUCGGUCAUUCCGUUCAUUUCAGUCAUUUUGUUCAUUUUGUUCAUUUCGGUCAUUUUGGGCAUUUCGUUGAUUUCGGUCAUUUUGGUCAUUUUGGUCAUUUCGUUGAUUUCGUUGAUAUCAUUCAUUUCGGUCAUUCCGUUCAUUUCGGUCAUUUUGGGCAUUUCGUUGAUUUCGGUCAUUUUGGUCAUUUUGGUCAUUUCGUUGAUAUCGUUCAUUUCGGUCAUUCCGUUAAUUUCGGUCAUUUUGUUCAUUUCGACCAUUUCGGUCAUUUCGGUCAUUUCGUUCAUUUCGUUCAUUUCAGCCAUUUCCGUCAUUUCAUUCAAAAAUUUGAACAAAAAAUUUGAAAAUUAACUCAAAGAAAGAAAAAAAAAACUGAAAAAAAAUACUGAAAAAGCAGUUUUCCCUCCAGUGGCCAAAAAUGUCUGUGUGGAUGAGAAGCCAAAACGCAUUAAAAAAAAAAUGCCGGCAAAGCACUCAUGCGACAAUCAUAAACAUACGUGAUGCAACAUCAUGCCCCCCCCCCUCACUUCAAUUUCGAUAAGGAAUUUGUGACUUCCUGUUUACAAGUUUUUGGAUGGCGUCGGUGUUUCAAACUGCAGCUCUUACCACGAUGAUACUACUGAAAAGACGUGAUCAUGAAGUUGUUCUGCGUGAAUAUAAACAAUGUGUAUUAUUAUACUGUUCUCUUCUUGUACAUUAAUGCCAAACCAUUGAAAUAUUACGGUUAUAUUUCCAGUGUAAAGUUGUGCUAUUUUGGGCUUUAAACUAUGUUUGAAUAACCUUCUCAUUGCUUUAAAGGGGAACCGCAGUUUGUUUUUUUUGUAAGGGCUUUAGCCGAUUUUAAAAAAAAUCCAUAUUUCCAUGUCCAAUCGUUGUUAGAUAGAUGAUAUUAACUUUGCGCUAGAAUGCACAGAAAGAAAUAUGUUCAUGUUUCACAUUAGGAUUAUGAAAAAUGGGCAAAAUUCCCCAAAAAGUGCAGUUCCCCUUUAAGCUGCUUUUUGUAUAAUAACCAAGUGAUUGAUUGUACUUCUGAUAUUUUAAUAUGCCAUUGCAAUAACUUAUUGCACUUACAGUUUGGAGUAUUUUAUGUCCAGACUAUUUUGUGUAGCCAAAAAAAAAAAAAUCAAUAAAUGCUUAACGCCGUCCCAAUUUAGCACCGCGACUGAUGUCCG